GGAGCCGCAGCUUCGCCGCACGCCGGCCGGCGCGGCUCCGUAGCCGGAGCCAUGGAAUCGGAGGAGGAGCAGCACAUGACCACGCUGCUGUGCAUGGGCUUCUCGGACCCCGCCACCAUCCGCAAGGCCCUGCGCCUGGCCAAGAACGACAUCAACGAGGCCGUGGCGCUGCUCACCAACGAGCGACCCGGCCUCGACUACGGCGGCUACGAGCCCAUGGAUAGCGGCGGCCCCAGUCCCGGGCCGGGCGGCGGCCCACGGGGCGACGGCAGCGGGGACGGCAGCGGGCCUUCCCGCGGCGGGAGCACCGGAGGCGGCGGCGGCUUCGAUCCCCCUCCCGCCUACCACGAGGUGGUGGACGCGGAGAAGAAUGAUGAAAAUGGAAAUUGCUCAGGAGAAGGAAUUGAAUUCCCUACAACAAAUUUGUAUGAGCUGGAAAGCCGUGUUCUGACUGACCAUUGGUCCAUCCCGUACAAGCGAGAAGAAUCCCUAGGCAAAUGUCUGCUGGCUUCCACCUACUUAGCAAGGCUCGGUCUUUCAGAGUCUGACGAGAACUGCAAAAGAUUUAUGGAGCGGUGUAUGCCUGAGGCGUUUAAAAAGCUCCUGACGUCAAGUGCUGUUCACAAGUGGGGUACUGAGAUUCAUGAAGGAAUCUACAACAUGUUGAUGCUACUAAUCGAGUUGGUUGCAGAGAGAAUAAAACAGGAUCCAAUUCCCGUUGGUCUCCUGGGCGUGCUUACGAUGGCUUUCAAUCCUGAUAAUGAAUACCACUUUAAAAACAGAAUGAAAAUGUCUCAGAGGAAUUGGGCAGAGGUGUUUGGAGAGGGAAAUAUGUUUGCUAUUUCACCUGUAUCUACUUUUCAAAAGGAGCCUCAUGGAUGGGUUGUGGACUUGGUAAAUAAGUUUGGAGAAUUAGGAGGAUUUGCAGCAAUCCAAGCCAAACUUCACUCAGAAGAUAUAGAACUUGGGGCCGUCUCGGCACUGGUGCAGCCCUUAGGCGUGUGUGCGGAGUACCUGAAUUCCUCUGUGGUGCAGCCUAUGCUGGACCCGGUCAUCCUCACCACCAUCCAGGAUGUGCGGAGUGUGGAGGAGAAAGACCUCAAAGACAAGAGAUUGGUUAGCAUCCCUGAGCUCUUGUCUGCCAUUAAGUUACUUUGCAUGCGCUUCCAACCGGAUCUGGUGACGGUUGUGGAUGACCUUCGCCUUGACAUCCUCCUGCGCAUGCUGAAAUCACCACAUUUUAGUGCUAAAAUGAAUUCUCUCAAAGAAGUAACCAAACUAAUAGAAGAUAGUACCUUAUCCAAGUCUGUGAAGAAUGCUAUCGAUACAGACAGAUUACUAGAUUGGCUAGUUGAAAACUCAGUUCUGUCAAUUGCCCUGGAAGGCAACAUAGACCAAGCACAGUACUGUGAUCGCAUAAAGGGAAUUAUUGAACUCUUGGGAAGUAAAUUGUCACUAGAUGAACUCACGAAAAUUUGGAAGAUACAAUCAGGACAGUCGUCUACCGUAAUUGAGAACAUCCAUACUAUCAUUGCUGCUGCAGCUGUGAAGUUUAAUGCAGACCAGCUUAACCAUUUGUUUGUUCUCAUUCAGAAGAGCUGGGAGACUGAAAGUGACAGAGUAAGACAGAAGCUGCUGAGUCUAAUUGGACGGAUAGGCCGGGAAGCUCGCUUUGAGGCCACUUCUGGAAAGGUCUUAGAUGUGCUCUGGGAGCUGGCUCACCUUCCAACCUUGCCCAGCAGCCUGAUUCAGCAAGCCUUGGAGGAGCACCUGACAAUCCUUAGCGAUGCCUAUGCAGUGAAGGAAGCGAUCAAGAGAAGUUACAUCAUUAAAUGCAUAGAAGACAUUAAAAGGCCUGGAGAAUGGUCGGGUUUGGAAAAAAACAAGAAAGAUGGAUUUAAGUCAUCUCAACUUAAUAAUCCGCAGUUUGUAUGGGUGGUACCAGCUUUGCGUCAGCUUCAUGAAAUCACUCGUUCAUUCAUAAAACAAACCUAUCAAAAGCAAGACAAGAGCAUUAUUCAAGACCUGAAGAAAAAUUUUGAAAUAGUCAAAUUGGUAACGGGAAGUUUGCUAGCGUGUCAUCGACUUGCCGCAGCUGUGGCUGGGCCUGGAGGCCUAACUGGCUUGACAUUGGUGGAUGGCCGCUACACUUACCGGGAGUAUUUAGAGGCACAUCUGAAAUUUCUGGCGUUUUUCUUACAAGAAGCUACGCUGUAUCUUGGGUGGAACCGAGCCAAAGAAAUUUGGGAGUGCCUUGUGACUGGCCAGGAUGUGUGCGAGCUGGAUCGGGAGAUGUGCUUUGAGUGGUUUACAAGAGGGCAGCACGACCUGGAGAGUGACGUUCAGCAGCAGCUCUUCAAGGAGAAAAUCCUGAAAUUGGAGUCCUAUGAGAUCACUAUGAACGGUUUCAACUUAUUUAAGACUUUUUUUGAAAAUGUGAAUCUCUGUGAUCAUCGAUUGAAAAGACAAGGAGCUCAAUUGUAUGUAGAAAAGCUGGAAUUGAUAGGAAUGGAUUUCAUUUGGAAAAUAGCCAUGGAAUCACCUGAUGAAGAAAUUGCUAAUGAAGCUAUUCAAUUAAUAAUAAACUACAGCUACAUUAAUCUAAAUCCUAGGUUAAAGAAGGACUCAGUGUCUUUACAUAAGAAAUUCAUUGCUGAUUGCUAUACAAGAUUAGAAGCAGCCAGUUCAGCACUUGGUGGUCCCACUCUAACACAUGCUGUGACGCGAGCAACAAAAAUGCUCACUGCAACGGCCAUGCCAACUGUAGCAACAUCAGUUCAGUCUCCAUAUAGAUCAACAAAACUUGUGAUAAUCGAGAGACUGCUUCUCCUGGCGGAGCGCUAUGUGAUCACAAUAGAGGAUUUUUACUCAGUUCCACGAACCAUUCUACCUCAUGGUGCCUCAUUUCAUGGACAUCUUUUAACUCUUAAUGUUACCUAUGAGUCAACCAAAGAUACCUUCACUGUAGAGGCUCACAGUAAUGAAACCAUAGGCAGUGUUCGGUGGAAGAUAGCCAAACAGCUGUGCUCUCCUGUGGACAACAUACAGAUAUUUACAAACGAUAGUCUGCUGACAGUGAAUAAAGAUCAAAAGCUCCUCCACCAGCUGGGAUUUUCUGAUGAGCAAAUUCUUACCGUGAAGACUUCUGGGAGUGGAACCCCCUCCGGGAGCUCUGCAGAUUCCUCAACCAGCUCCAGCAGCAGCAGCAGCGGAGUUUUCAGUUCAUCGUAUGCCAUGGAACAGGAGAAGUCUCUACCUGGUGUGGUGAUGGCGCUUGUAUGUAAUGUGUUUGACAUGCUGUACCAGCUUGCCAAUCUAGAGGAGCCAAGGAUAACUCUACGAGUACGGAAGCUUUUGCUCUUGAUACCCACUGAUCCAGCCAUUCAGGAAGCCCUUGAUCAGCUGGAUUCUUUAGGCAGAAAGAAGACCUUGCUCUCUGAAACAAGCUCCCAGUCUUCAAAGUCUCCGUCACUUUCGUCAAAGCAGCAGCAUCAGCCGAGUGCGAGCUCCAUCCUGGAAAGUUUGUUUCGCUCUUUUGCUCCGGGCAUGCCGACCUUCAGAGUGCUCUACAACUUGGAAGUUCUAAGCUCCAAACUCAUGCCAACAGCUGAUGAUGAUAUGGCAAGAAGCUGUGCAAAAUCCUUCUGUGAGAACUUCCUCAAAGCUGGAGGCUUGAGUUUGGUUGUAAAUGUCAUGCAGAGAGAUUCCAUUCCAUCGGAAGUAGACUAUGAGACAAGACAGGGUGUUUAUUCUAUCUGUCUCCAACUUGCAAGGUUUCUACUUGUUGGACAGACAAUGCCAACAUCAUUAGAUGAAGACCUCACCAAAGAUGGCAUAGAAGCACUUUCUUCCCGUCCGUUCCGAAAUGUCAGCCGGCAGACAAGCAGACAGAUGUCCCUAUGUGGGACCCCAGAAAAGUCAUCCUACAGACAGUUGUCAGUAUCUGACAGGUCUUCCAUCAGGGUUGAGGAAAUCAUUCCUGCUGCCCGAGUGGCAAUACAAACUAUGGAAGCAGGUGACUUCAUUGCCACCGUGGCCUGUUUCAUGAGACUGUCAUGGGCUGCAGCUGCAGGACGCCUUGACCUUGUUGGAAGCAGCCAGCCGAUUAAAGAAAGUAAUUCUCUGUUUCCUGCUGGAAUUCGAAACAGACUCAGCAGUUCAGGAAGCAACUGCAGCUCUGGCAGUGAAGGAGAGCCAGCAGCCCUGCAUGCUGGGAUCUGUGUCCGGCAGCAGUCUGUGUCCACCAAAGACGCCCUCAUUGCUGGAGAGGCCUUGUCUCUUCUCGUUACGUGCCUACAGCUUCGGAGUCAGCAGCUGGCAUCUUUCUACAGCUUGCCCUGUGUUGCUGACUUUAUCAUUGAUAUUCUGCUCGGAUCUCCAAGCGCUGAGAUCCGCCGGGUUGCCUGUGAUCAGCUGUACACUCUUAGCCAAACAGACACUUCAGCACACCCAGAAGUGCAGAAGCCAAAUCAGUUCCUCUUGGGCGUUGUUCUCACAGCUCAGCUGCCUCUCUGGUCCCCAACCAGUAUCAUGAGAGGAGUCAAUCAGAGACUGCUGUCUCAGUGUAUGGAGUAUUUUGAUUUGCGGUGCCAGUUAUUAGAUGAUCUGACAACUUCAGAAAUGGAGCAGUUACGAAUCAGCCCAGCUACCAUGCUUGAAGAUGAGAUUACAUGGCUGGAUAACUUUGAACCGAAUCGAACAGCGGAGUGUGAGACCAGUGAAGCAGACAACAUCUUAUUGGCAGGACAUUUGCGACUCAUUAAGACCCUGCUUUCACUCUGUGGGGCAGAAAAGGAAAUGCUUGGUUCAUCACUCAUUAAACCAUUGUUAGAUGACUUCCUUUUCCGAGCUUCUAGAAUCAUUUUAAAUAGUCAUUCUCCAGCUGGCAGUGCCGCCAUCAGCCAACAGGACUUUCAUCCAAAGUGUAGUACAGUAAACAGCCGACUGGCAGCCUAUGAAGUUCUUGUGAUGUUAGCCGACAGUUCACUUUCCAAUCUUCAGAUUAUUACAAAAGAACUGCUUUCAAUGCAUCACCAGCCUGACCCUGCUCUCACUAAGGAGUUUGAUUACCUUCCCCCAGUGGACAGCCGAUCGAGCUCAGGGUUUGUGGGGCUGAGAAACGGUGGUGCUACUUGUUACAUGAACGCAGUCUUCCAACAGCUGUAUAUGCAGCCCGGGCUCCCUGAGUCACUCCUUUCAGUGGAUGAUGAUACGGACAACCCAGAUGACAGUGUGUUCUACCAAGUGCAGUCUCUCUUCGGCCAUUUGAUGGAAAGCAAGCUGCAGUAUUAUGUGCCUGAGACCUUCUGGAAGAUCUUCAAGAUGUGGAACAAGGAGCUCUAUGUGAGAGAGCAGCAGGACGCAUAUGAGUUCUUCACUAGUCUCAUUGAUCAGAUGGAUGAAUAUCUCAAGAAAAUGGGACGAGAACAAAUUUUUAAGAAUACUUUCCAAGGCAUCUAUUCUGAUCAGAAGAUCUGUAAAGAUUGUCCUCACAGAUAUGAACGUGAGGAAGCUUUCAUGGCUCUCAAUCUAGGAGUCACUUCUUGCCAAAGCUUGGAAAUUUCCUUGGACCAGUUUGUUAGAGGUGAAGUUCUAGAAGGAAGUAAUGCAUACUACUGUGAAAAGUGUAAAGAAAAGAGAAUAACAGUGAAAAGAACAUGCAUCAAGUCUUUACCUAGUGUGUUGGUAAUUCACCUGAUGAGAUUUGGCUUUGACUGGGAGAGUGGACGAUCCAUUAAAUACGAUGAACAAAUACGGUUUCCCUGGAUGCUAAACAUGGAGCCUUACACAGUCUCAGGAAUGGCUCGCCAGGAUUCAUCCGCUGAAGUUGGUGAAAAUGGGAGGAAUAUGGAUCAAGGAGGUGGGGGAUCCCCACGGAAAAAAGUUGCCCUCACAGAAAACUACGAGCUUGUUGGUGUCAUUGUACACAGUGGGCAGGCACAUGCAGGCCAUUACUACUCCUUCAUUAAGGACAGGCGGGGAUGUGGAAAAGGAAAGUGGUAUAAAUUUAAUGACACCGUUAUAGAAGAAUUUGACCUAAAUGAUGAGUCCCUGGAGUAUGAAUGCUUUGGAGGGGAAUAUAGGCCCAAAGUCUAUGAUCAAACGAACCCAUACCCUGACGUCCGCCGCAGAUACUGGAACGCCUACAUGCUCUUCUACCAAAGGGCCUCUGACCAGAGCUCCCCUGUGCUGCCCAAGAAGAGCCGGGUGAGCGUCGUACGGCAAGAAGCCGAGGACCUUUCUCUGUCAGCUCCAUCUUCACCUGAGAUUUCACCUCAGUCUUCUCCGCGGCCCCACAGGCCUAAUAAUGACAGGCUCUCUAUUCUAACCAAGCUGGUUAAAAAAGGUGAGAAGAAAGGACUGUUUGUGGAGAAAAUGCCUGCUCGCAUCUACCAGAUGGUGAGAGAUGAAAACCUCAAGUUCAUGAAGAAUAGAGAUGUGUAUAGCAGCGACUACUUUAGUUUUGUUCUGUCUUUGGCUUCAUUGAAUGCCACUAAGCUGAAGCAUCCAUACUAUCCUUGCAUGGCAAAGGUGAGCUUGCAGCUGGCCAUUCAAUUCCUUUUCCAAACUUAUCUACGGACAAAGAAAAAACUCAGGGUUGACACUGAAGAAUGGAUUGCUACCAUUGAAGCAUUACUCUCAAAAAGUUUGGAUGCCUGUCAGUGGCUUGUUGAAUAUUUCAUUAGCUCUGAAGGGCGAGAAUUGGUCAAGGUUUUCUUGCUGGAGUGCAGUGUGAGAGAAGUGCGAGUCGCAGUGGCCACCAUUCUGGAGAAGACCUUAGACAGUGCCUUGUUUUAUCAGGAUAAGUUGAAAAGCCUUCAUCAGCUACUGGAAGUCCUGCUUGCUCUUUUGGAUAAAGACGUCCCAGAAAAUUGCAAAAACUGUGCUCAGUACUUUUCCCUAUUCAACACUUUUGUACAAAAGCAAGGUAUUAGGGCUGGAGAUCUUCUUCUGCGGCACUCGGCUCUGCGGCACAUGAUCAGCUUCCUCCUCGGAGUCAGUCGGCAGAGCAGUCAGAUACGCCGAUGGAGUUCAGCACAAGCACGAGAAUUCGGAAACCUCCACAACACUGUUGCGCUGCUGGUCUUGCAUACAGAUGUCUCCUCCCAGAGGAGUGUUGCUCCUGGCGUAUUUAAACAGCGACCACCUAUUAGCGUGGCUCCCUCGAGCCCUCUGCUGCCCCUCCACGAGGAAGUGGAAGCCUUACUGUUCUUGCCUGAAGGGAAACCGUAUCUGUUAGAGGUCAUGUUUGCUCUGCGAGAGCUGACUGGCUCACUCCUGGCACUCAUGGAGAUGGUGGUGUACUGCUGUUUCUGUAAUGAGCGCUUCUCCUUCGCAAUGCUGCAUUGCAUUAAGAACCAGCUAGAAACUGCUCCUCCCCAUGAGUUAAAGAAUACAUUCCAGCUACUGCAUGAGAUACUGGUCAUUGAGGAUCCCAUACAAGUAGAGCGAGUCAAAUUUGUAUUUGAGACGGAAAAUGGAUUACUAGCACUGAUGCACCGCAGUAAUCACGUGGACAGCAGCCGCUGCUACCAGUGUGUCAAGUUCCUUGUCACUCUUGCUCAAAAGUGUCCUGCUGCUAAAGAGUACUUCAAAGAGAAUUCCCACCACUGGAGUUGGGCCGUGCAGUGGUUACAGAAGAAGAUGUCAGAACAUUAUUGGACUCCACAGAGCAAUGUCUCUAAUGAAACCUCAACUGGAAAAACCUUUCAGCGAACCAUCUCAGCUCAGGACACAUUAGCAUAUGCCACAGCUCUGCUGAAUGAAAAGGAGCAGUCAGGAAGCAGCAAUGGGUCAGAGAGCAGUCCUGCGAAUGAGAACGGAGAGAGACACUUACAACAGGGUUCGGAAUCUCCCAUGAUGAUUGGUGAAUUAAGAAGUGACCUUGAUGAUGUUGAUCCUUAGAGCAGUGCGCCCAGAUAGGAUGCUCAGCACCUUUCGGAAACCAGAAUCUCGUCCUUGAAGGCCUUAGGAGAAAGAGCCUUGAGUAGGAGUGUAACAAGGACCAUGUGUGUGCCAGAGGAGGCACUCUGGCCACUCGCCCGCUGGGAGCUGUUGGGGAGGGUCCUGCACGUGGACCA